AUGAGAAGAAUGAAAGAGCCUUAGAAAUCUUAAUCCAAAAUCAUUUAGUAGGUGUAGCAUAAUAAUUGUAUAUGGUUUCUUUCUUUUCAUCCUUUUUUUACAAUAAAUUGUUUCCCCAACUGGAAAACUUUUAUUGCUCAUCAAUCUUUUUUAAUAAAUUUACCAUAAAACAACUUUGAUUAACUCAUAAUUUUUUUUAGGGUUGGCAUCACUGGUGAUAAAAUUAAUUCUGGGAAUUCUCUACUAAAUUUUUCUGACAUUCUCGAUUGGGUUGCUAAUAAUAGUAUUUUCAAAUAGAAAUCAAAAGCAAGAGCUGGUAGUGAAGAUUUAGAAAAUAGGUAAUUAGCGAUCAUAAAGUCAAAUUUAGGCUUAAGUUUUAGGCAUUUUAGCCUUUCUACAUUAGUUAUAUAUCAUUGGUAAGCUCGUCUAAAAAUAUCCUAUAUUGGAACCUUUUGGGAUACUUUUAUGAAUAAUAUAAGAUUCUAAGAAAUUAUCAAAUAGUCAUAACUUAUGAAGCCCCAAUAUGGUGAAGGUAAGGAUUUGAUUUAAUCAAAUAGUAAUGUUUUAGAAAUGA